GGAAGGGAUGGCCCGUGGCGGCGCGAGGCGGCACCGCGGGACUGGUGCACCACGCGCUGGCUGCCGGGGGGCGAUGAGAACUCGCGAUCUCCUCCCCCGCCCCGCUGGCAGCUGCCGCCUCUCCGUCUCCCAGGGCUGCUGAGACCCUGCCUGUCAAAGGGGCUCGCGCUGCCCCUGCGUUGUGCUGGGGCUCGGCCUCGGCUGCCUGGCCCAGGAGGCUGGGCGCAGCCUUUGCCGCGCGAAGGGGGCUGGCGCUGCCCGGGCGUUAGCCGCUGCUCCCUCCCCCGCCGGCUGCUUGCUGCAUGCUCACCCUGCUCCAGUGAGAGCCGCGGCGGGGCGGCUUCUCUCCCCUCCCUCCUUCUCCGGCGACUGGAGGUGGGAGGGAGAGAAGAGACCCAGCGAGGAAGGAGCCGGCUGUGCGGAGCGGAGCCAUGCGAGAAUACAAGGUGGUGGUGCUGGGCUCGGGCGGGGUGGGCAAAUCCGCCCUCACCGUGCAGUUCGUGACCGGCUCCUUCAUCGAGAAGUAUGACCCCACCAUCGAGGAUUUCUACCGCAAGGAGAUCGAGGUGGAUUCCUCCCCCUCGGUGCUGGAGAUCCUGGACACUGCCGGCACCGAGCAGUUCGCCUCCAUGCGGGACCUCUACAUCAAGAACGGGCAAGGUUUCAUCCUGGUCUACAGCCUGGUCAACCAGCAGAGCUUCCAGGACAUCAAGCCCAUGCGGGAUCAGAUCAUCCGGGUGAAGAGGUACGAGAAGGUGCCCAUGAUCCUGGUGGGCAACAAGGUGGAUCUGGAGGGCGAGAGGGAGGUCUCGUAUGGGGAAGGCAAAGCUCUGGCCGAGGAGUGGAGCUGCCCCUUCAUGGAAACUUCAGCCAAAAACAAAGCUUCAGUGGACGAACUGUUUGCAGAGAUUGUCAGGCAGAUGAACUACGCUUCCCAACCCAACGGGGACGAUCAGUGCUGCUCGUCCUGCGUGAUCCUCUGAAAGGGCGUGCGGGGCAAAUGUUGUCGUUCGCACAGGUUUACAGCAAAAAGAAGCAGCAAUGUGAUCGUUCGAAACAAAGAUUGGAAACAACUUUGCAUACACAAGGAUUCCAGGCUGCAGCAGCAGCUGCUGCAGUGAUCAGUGUCAUUGGGUGGGUGUAUUGUUGGGACGUGGCUUUUUCAGCAUGUACAUUUCAUCGAUUUUGAUUGUUGCAUAUUUCCCGUAAGUACCAUUUACAGAUUGCUGUAUUGGCAACUGACACCAGUAAGAAAAGUUUCGGCCUGGAGAAAGGGGAGCUUGGGAGCAAUCGUUUUCUAACUGGAAGAGUUAAAUUUCACUUGAACUGAGGGGAGCAGUAAACGAAGAAACCAUUGCAGAGAGAGGGAGAGAAAUCUUUCCGUGGACGUGUGGGGGUAACACUUAAGAUUGGUGCUCUCUCUUCUUUAGCCAACCUUGAAUGCACCCGGUGACUGUGAUAUUGAUUCUGAGGAUUUCUAUGCAAAGUUGGAUUAUUGUUACAGUGUAUCCAAUCUGAAGUAUUGCACAUCUGAACUGGGACUUUGAAUAACACUGAUGCCAAUACAGUGUGGGGUGCCAGAACGUGUCUGCUGAUCAUUUGUGAAACUUCCUAUUUUGUUUACCUGCUGUAUCGGAUGGGAGUUUGGGGGAGAGCGGUAGUAUUUUUUUUUUUAAAUCAGCUGUGAAAAUGUUACAAAUCUGCACAAUAUUUUUUUAGUUGUGUUUUCUUCUUUUCUUCAGGGGGGAGGGAGGUUUGUGGUGGUGGUUUGUUUUCCUUAUUUUUGGGUUGGCAAUAACUGAUUUUGAUUAGCUCUCUAAAGUACAAAGACUUCCUAAAAUGUGAUACAGGGCCAACAGCAACCCUGUGUCUGUAGAGUGCCUUCAAAACUCAGCUGUUCCAGCCGGUGCCAACCUGUGAAAGCGCCACAGAAUCCCAUUAUCUGCUACUCCAGAAACUACUUAACAGCUUCUUUUCAGUAAUCACACUGAACAAGCCAGGACAAAAAGACCUAUUGUUUAAUGGAAUUUAUUUCUUAUUUCCAUUUGAGCCUUUUAAAUGUCAUUUCCAUGUCUUGCAAAUUUGGACUGCAUUUAAUUCAAAUUUACAGGCAUUUAGGUUUUUUGGGAGGAUUUCUUUUGUUUUGGUUCUCUGAUGUAGGAUGUACCUCCAGCCAGCAAAGAGAGAAAUCUUAAUGUUGUGAUGUAUCAAGAAAAUUCUAACAACUGUAACUUCAAUUCCAGACAUGCGUUUAAUGUCUAUCCAUUUUAAGAAUUUUAAUACAAAUGUUUUGUUUUUUUAAAAAAAGAAUAGCAAAACUGUGGUUUUUUUUAAUGUAUUGUAAGGAUAACUGACUUUAAUAUGCAAUCAUGGCAGACAUAUGCUUUUUUUAAUUAUGAUAUUUGUCUAACCAAAAUAAGAGUAUGUUAAGAAUGGAGAAAGGGAACCUAAAAUCGUGAGGCAUGGGAAUGUUUCUCUGGUAAUGUUGGAAACAGUUGAAUAAUUAUAUUUAGGCCCUGAUGCUAACUGAUUCUGUAUGUGAGCAGAAUCCUACACUUAUAUAAAUGUUUGUUGAAGUCAUUUGGGCUCUGCAGAACAGCUUGCAAGAUUAGGAUCUUAUUUUGUAAUUUUAAUAAUAACAUGGUUUAUUGGAGUAUAGGUGUAGUUUUUAAAGUUAUGCCUUAAGACUGUGAUUCCUUAACAUUUCAAAUGUAACUUAAAGAAAAUGGGCUUGUGCCUUUCUCCGCCCACCUUCUUGAUUUUUUUUUUUUAAUUAGAAGGCCUGAAAGGCAUGUAUUUCCCCUAAAAUUCCCAAAUGUGUGGGGUUUUUUGUUUUAAACUCAUGAUUUGUCUGUCCAGGAAGACUUAUGGGAACUAAUGAAAUUAUGACAUCACAAGAAACCGAAAGCUGAGUAAUUGAGGAAGUUGGGACUUUUAGUCAAACUGUUUAACAUUUAGAGUGCCUAAUUCUUCUCACUCCUAAUUUAAACCUUGUUCAUGAAUUCACUGUAUCCAAUAGCAAAGAUCCUGUUGACAUCAGUUGUGCAGGAUCAGGGCCUUACACAGGUGUGAGUUCAGUCAAUGAAGUGACUGUACGUCAGCUGAACACUGAGCAUUUUGUUUUUCUCUGAUUUAUAGCAUCUAUUUAAUUCCUAAUACCUAGCAAAAAAAAAACUUGGGAGAAAUGAUGCCAUAAAAAUUAAACAUCCACCUUCAUGUGAGCUCACAAUAUUUCACUUCUCUUAAGCCCCCAAGAGGCUUUCCUGCCAAACUAAUAUUUCUAAGGUUAAAAUAAGUUUAUAAAAAAAAAAAAA